CACGACAACUGUCGUAAACUGUCGCUGCGAACAGAAAUACGGCAGCGGUUGGUGCACGUGUGGCGGAAGUGAAUGCAGCUCUGAGUGGUUUGCAGUGAGAAAGUUCACUAGCGGAGUUUUAUUUAUUAAACAUUAUUUAUUUUACAGAACAAACUCGACAUGGACGCGUUAGAAGAGGAGCGGAGAGGACUGAAGCGGAAAUUAUCGCUGACGAGCUGCGACGUGUGUGAAGCCGAGGAAGCCAAGUACCGCUGUCCCAGCUGCCUGAAGUGCUCGUGCAGUCUGUCCUGCGUGAAGCGGCACAAGCUGCGCUCGGGAUGCAGCGGCGUUCGCGAUCGUACCGCCUUCCUCCCUGUGUCUCGCUUCAGCGACCUCGACCUGCUCAAUGAUUACAGGUUUCUGGAGGAGACGGGACGCGUCGCUGACAGACCCAACAGAGACGCGCUGCUACACACUCGAUCACGCCACAGCUUCGGUGCGAUGCUGCUGCUGAGGAACGCGAAGGCGGCGAAGGUGAAUCUGAAGAUCCUGCCGAAGUCCUUCAGCCGGCGCAGAGAGAACACGUCCAUCUACAACAAAACAGAGAGGAAGCUGUACUGGCACCUGAAGCUCGUCUUCCCUCAGAGCAAUGCGGAAUACACUGACAGAGUUCCAGAAGACCGAGUUCUUGAGAAGAUCCUGAGUGACUACAUCCACCCGACUGAAUCGGAUCCAGUAAAACGGCAAAACUUGAAGAUGUACGUUCUCACGCCCAUCGAUCAGCUCAGCGUGUUUAUGAAGUCAGAGCAGAGGCAGCCAAACUCUCUGAAGUACCAUGAGCUGGACUUGAAGAAAAGUCUGAGAGAGAACCUGAUGUUCAAAACAGUGGUGGAGUACCCGGAGCUCCAUGUUGUUGUAGAAGGGCAUUGUGAGGAAUACCGCACUCGCAUCCCAGACAGAAGCAUCAUCUCGCCACGUCCUUCUUCCUCUUCAGAAGCUCAGGGAGCUCCGGAGAGCCACACAGCAAGACCAGGAAAGGAAACAACGGCACAAUCGGAGCUGGAGGAAGGAGAGAUCCAAAGCGAGGAUGAGGAGGAGGAGGAGGAGGAGGAUGUGAAGGAUGAUGAUCAAAAUGCUAUCGGGAAUGUCAGUUGCUCAGUCUCUCAUGAUCAUGAUCAUGAUGAUGAUGGAGGUGAAGAUCACGAAGAUGAGGGUGGCACUUCGUAAGAUCAAAAUCUAACCAAAAAAUUGAACGACCCUCCACCUCCUCUAAACGAUGAUGAUGAUGAUGAUGAUGAUGAUGAUAUCAAAAAUACAGCGAGCUCAGAGUGUCUUCUUCCUCCUUCUUCAAGUGAUAACAUUGAUGAGGAUGUUGAAGGUCAUCUUGGUAAUCUUGAUAAUCCUGCUGUCCAAAAUGUAGUAUGUCUUCCUUCUUGCCUUGAUGAUGUUACUAAACAGAAUAGUGACUCCAUGGAAGCAGAUGGUGCUCCUCUUGCUCUUCCUGAUGGUGAUGUUGAAGUUGGAAGAUGAAAUAUUAUGAUGUUUUUGAUGAGAAAAAUGUGAAUAUAAUAAGCUGGAGUUGUCAUCAUGAUAACACGGCUAACUACCAACAUUUAAAAAUCAGUGUUUUGUAUGUUUUGUUUACUAAUGACUCCAUAAUUACAAAUUCAUUUUCAUUAUCUAGGACAGCGACCAGUCAGUUAUUGGAAAAUAAUUACCGACAACGUGGUGUGAUGAAGCGGAGUUACUGUUACCGCUCUGGAGUUGAUUCUUUUGCUAUAACAGCACGCCUGAAGUGUUUUAUUCCUCUUAUACCACAGCAAUAAUCUUUUUAUAGUAACUUCUACGGUUGUGGGACGUCCAUGACACAUGUUAGUUCCUGUUCUCACUUAGGUUAUAGCAGCUAUAAAGAGUUAUCCCAUAACCAUCUUCUGUUUAUUCUCUCAGUUAAAAAAAAAAAAAAAGUCAGAAAACUUAGUUACACCUUUACCUCUGACAGUUACAAUGUGCUCACACUGGAGACUCCUUCCGUAAAUGUUAAACAUCUUACAGAAAACGUCACCAUAUCAACGAUUACACACAUUUUUUUAAUCUUAAUCUGUUUAUGUGGAACGUCUGCCUUAUAAGAUAAGAUAAGAUAAUCCUUUAUUCGUCCCCCAAUGGGGAAAUUUGCAUACAAGUCCCUGUGAAUGAGCUGUUACUAUGGAAACGAUAAUGCAUUAGGAUGAAUGCGUUAAUAUAAACCUGUGAUUUACUGAAGUCAGAACCACUGUCCGAGCUGCUCUUUUAGAAAAUGAAUCAACAUCUUCUGUCCAAUCAGAUUUGAGAAUUGAACAGUGCUGUGGUAUGUAAGAUGUUUCCUGACAGAAGAAAAUGAAACACCUGCCAGCCAAUGAGCAGGAUCAGUAUUUUCCUAGCACGCUGUAUGAACAUGUAAAAGGUAUACGUGAACAACAAAAAGUUUUUUAGUAAAUGUGUACAGUAAACUGACCUUCAUUUCUGUGAUAUGAGAUUUUAAUAAAAAAAAAAAAAAAGGGG